AUGAUUUCCCAGAUCGGUAUUAUGUUUGAUAUGUUCGGGAACUCGUCCGGUCCUCACACGCGGAAUGCGCCGCUAUGCGAGAUCACUGUCAAAACCGCUCUGCUCGGAUCAUUGCAAUGGAUCCUAUACCAGAUUUCGGCACUCUCAGCAAAGACGGCGAUAUUGGUCUUGUACAGGCGCAUAUUCAGCCCUGUACGCCUGGCCAACAUAUUAAUCUUCUCAAGUAUCACGUGCACCGUUGUGUUCUACGUUAGCAUGGCUAUUGCUUUCAUCGUGGGCGUUGUCCCGCGUUCUGUCGACUAUGCUGCUCAACUCCCUGCAACAGACGCUGAGCGAGCUUUGAGGUUAUCUCCACCACUCACUGCGACCUGUAGCGUCAUUGGGCUCAUCAUUGAUGUAUACAUUCUGGUUGUACCCUUCUUUUUCAUCUGGGACCUGAACAUGCCCACCAAGCGCAAGAUUGGAAUCUCUGCAAUUUUCAUUACUGGAUCCACAGCUGUCAUUUUUUCUCUGGUCGGUGCUGUCUACCGCCUUCAACUCGCCAUCACAAAAAGAGGGAAUGAUAGUUGGGUAUCAAUGCCUAUGUUUGCAAUGAAUGUUGCCGAGAUAAACAUUGGCAUCGCAGCUAGCUGCAUGCCUGUCGUCUUUGUGCUUUUCAGGAGCAGCAUGGAGAAGACCAUUUUGUUUGUCACCAAGUUGUGGUUCAGCGUGGCAAGUCGCAGCCAAGGUGGGACGAAAACUCCUGCCGGCGAAAGCAGCAAAUCGCAUGGCCCGUACCAAGAAAUAUGCAACAAGGAUCUACCGGAGAUUCCUGCGGCCGAGGUGACGGGGAUGAGGUCGUUCUUGCUCAACAUCGGCCGCACUAACCCGGUUGCGAGCCAUAAGACUCACUCUUCGGUAAUGCUGACGGAAGUGAGCGAGGUCAAUGACUACCAUGAUCACUUGAGAAAUGGAUAG